GGGAGCCGGGUUUGGCUGAGGGUGAACGAGCGGCUGCUGCCGAGCCGGGUGAUCCGUGUGGCUGACGGCCGCGUCUGGUUCAGCACCGACCACGGAGAGGAGUUGAGCUUGGAGGGGUCACAGCUGCUCCAGGGGGUGGUGACCCCGAUGCACCAGACCAGUGUGGAGGGGGUGGGGGACAUGUCGGCGCUGAGCGACCUGCACGAGGCCAGCAUCCUCCACAACCUGCAGCUGCGAUACAGGCAGGACAAGAUCUACACCAACAUUGGCUCCAUCCUGACGGCGGUGAACCCGUACAAACACAUUGAGCGGUUGUACAGUGCGUGUACGGUGGAGCAGUACCGCGGGCACCAGCAGGGGGAGCUGCCACCCCACAUCUACGCCAUGGCCAACGAGUGUUACAGCUGCCUGUGGAAGCGGCACGACAGCCAGUGUGUGCUCAUCAGCGGGGAGACGGGCGCGGGGAAGACCGAGAGCACCAAGUUGCUGCUGCAGUUCCUGUCCGUCGCCAGCCAGAGGUCUGUCAGUGCCCCUGCCCUGGGUACAGGUGCCCACGUAGAACAGGCCAUCCUGGAGAGCAGCCCACUGAUGGAGGCGUUUGGAAACGCCAAGACCGUUUACAACAACAACUCCAGCCGCUUUGGGAAAUUCAUCCAGCUUGACUUCUCGGAGAGCGGGAAUAUUGACGGAGGCUGCAUCGUAGACUGUAUCCUUCCCCAAAACCGUGUGGUGCGGCAGGUUCCGGCCGAGAGGAAUUUCCACGUCUUCUACGCGCUGCUGGCCGGGCUGGAGCCCGAGCAGAAAGCGGCGCUGGGAUUGUCUGGAGCGGUGGAGUUCCGUUACCUGCAGCAGUGGGCGGGGGAUGUGGGGGCCACUCUGGAGGACAAGCAGCUGUUUGACAAAGUGAUGGGGUCACUGCGGGUGCUGGGCUUCACGGGGCCCGAGGUCCAGGAUGUGAUCCGGCUCCUGGCCGCCGUUCUCCAGCUGGGAAACAUUCGCUUCCUCACUGCCGCCGGGGCCCAGAUCGCCAAUACAGGAGAGCUCUCCGUUCUCAGCGAGCUUCUGGGAUUGGACGCCAUCCAGUUGGCUGAAGUGCUGACCCAUCGCUCGCUGAUCCUGAGGGGCGAAGAGAUCAGCCCCCCCCUCACCACCGAGCAGGCAGCCAGUUCCCGGGACUCUCUGUCCAUGGCCCUCUACUCCCAGUGCUUCUCCUGGAUCAUCAGGAAGAUCAACGCCAGGAUCCGAGGUCGCCGCCACUCCAAGUCUAUCGGCAUCCUCGACAUAUUCGGCUUUGAAAACUUUGAGGUCAAUCGCUUUGAACAAUUCAACAUCAACUUUGCCAAUGAGAAGCUGCAGGAAUAUUUCAACAAACACAUCUUCUCUCUGGAGCAGCUCGAGUACCACAGGGAGGGGCUGAGCUGGGACAUCAUCGACUGGAUGGACAACGCCGAGUGUUUGGACCUGAUCGAGAAGAAGUUGGGUCUUCUGUCUCUGAUCAAUGAGGAGAGCCGUUUCCCCAAGGGAACCGACGUCACUCUGCUGGAGAAACUGCACAGUCAGCAUGCGACUAACUCCGUCUACGUGAAGCCACGGCUCAGCGACUCUCAGUUUGGGAUCCGACAUUACGCAGCCGAGGUCAUGUACGAUGUGCACGGGUUUUUGGAGAAGAACAGAGACACGUUCAGAGAUGAUAUUCUGAACCUUUUAAAGGACAGCAGGCUGGACUUCAUCUACGAGCUGUUUGAGCGUGUGUGCAGCUGGGCCGGCGGCGAGGACUCUCUAGGGGGGGGCACACAGCGCAGGAAACCCACCGUCAGCUCCCAGUUCAGGGACUCGCUGCAUUCGUUGAUGGCGACGCUCAGCUUGUCCAACCCUUUCUUCAUCCGCUGCAUCAAACCCAACGUGCAGAAGGUGGCGGGCAGGUUCGACGAGGGAGUCGUCCUCAACCAGCUCCGUUACUCGGGAAUGUUGGAGACGGUGAAGAUCCGGCGAGCGGGAUUCCCAGUGCGGCGCCCCUUCCCCGAGUUUUACCUCAGGUACAAGAUGCUGCUGGCGGAGCGGACACUGCCCGCGGACUGGCGGUCAGGGUGCCAGCUGAUCCUGGCUCAGUGUGAUGGCUGCGGCUCUCUCUGGCGGCUGGGCAAGACCAAGGUUUUUCUAAAGGAAGCCCUGGAACAGCAGCUGGAGACGGGCCGAAUGGAGGCGAGGAACCGGGCAGCUGUGAUUCUGCAGGCAAACCUCCGGGGCUAUCAGGCACGGACGAGCUGCAGGACGUUACUCCACAGCCUGGUGGUCAUCCAGCGGACACUGACACGCGGACACAAUGACGCGACGAGCUGCAGGACGUUACUCCACAGCCUGGUGGUCAUCCAGCGGAAGGUGCGUGGCCACUUGUGUCGCCGGCAGUUUGCGCGCUGCCGACGAGCGGCCGUCCUGCUGCAGAGACGCUGGCGACUGGUCCUGGGGCUCCGCGCUGAGCGGAGAGAGGCAGAGCGGAGAGAGGAGGAGGAGCGGCGAGAGGAGGAGGCCAGGGUCGCGGAGGAGCGGAAGGUUGAUGACACGAGCGAUGACGAGAGCAGAAUGGCCGGAGCCGCCACCGCCGGUAUGGCCGGAGCCGGAGCAGGAAUGGCCGGUGCCAGAGCGGACACAAGCGGAGCAGGACUGGCCGGAGCCGGAGCGGGAAUGGCCGGAGCCGGAGCGGACACAAGCGGAGCAGGAAUGGCAGAGCGGGAAUGGCCGGAGAGCGGGAAUGGCCGGAGCCGGAGCGGACACAAGCGGCAGCAGGAAUGGCUGGAGCCGGAGCGGACAAGCGGAGCAGGAAUGGCCGGUGUGGAGCAGGAAUGGCCGGAGCCGGAGCGGACACAAGCGGAGCGGGAACAGCUGCAGGAGGUGGUGCGGCUGGAACGAGAGAUCCAGAGGCUGCAGGAGUCGGGCUGUGGGCGUCUGCACAGCCAGACGGAUGACCAGACGGCGAGCCAGACGGAUGACCAGCAGCAGCUCCUGCGUCUGCAGCAGGAGGCAUCAGAGGCGGCCCUCACCUUCCUGGAGCUGUUGAACCUCGGGGAUGACACGAGUGGUCAGUGUGUGGCUGGUGAUGUGUGUGUCCCAGACCCCGGCUCCCUGGCACUGGAGGGUGGCCAGACCCCGGCGCUCGCCCUCGCCACUCCCAGUGACGUCCAGACCCCAGCGCCCACUCUCGCCAGUCCCAGUAACGGGCAGAGGCUUGAGCCUGUCCACCCGGGUCCCUGCGAUGAGCAGAGGCUUGAGACCACCCUCCCCACUCCCAGUGACGGCCAGACCCUAGUGCCCGUCCACCCCGCUCCGGCCAGCAGCCCCUCCCCGGGCAGUGUGCGCAUUGACCGUCCCGUGCCCGGCUGGAGUGUGGCUGAUCCGGACGGUGGUGGCGUUGGGUCUGAGCAGAGGCCACAGGACGGGCUGGCCGACGAGGGGGUCUACGACACGGUGCUGGAGUGGCCGGACCCCGACAGUGAGGAGGAGCCCAUCUACAGCCUGCCCCCCGACUCCGACCCUGAUUCCGACUACGACCAUGAUGAGAUGGAGGAGGGGCUGAGACCAUCCCCCAGUGUGGAGGCGUCCCUCCCCAGCCUCCCUGUGGUGGUGGAGAGCGAGGAGGAGAUGGAGCCACUGGGUUGCAGCUCCGAGCGGCGAUUAAAAGCUGGCCGCCAGGACAACCCCUACUUCCACAGCUACCUCUACAUGAAAGGGGGGCUGAUGAGCGGGUGGCGACGUUGCUGGUUUGUGCUGGCGGACGGCACGUUGAUGUGGUUCCGGGCCAAGCAGGAGGCGCUGAAGUCGGGCUGGCUGCACAAGAAGGGCGGCGGCCGCUCCACCUUGUCUCGCCGCAACUGGAAACGCCGCUGGUGCGUGCUGCGCGCCGGUCAGCUGCUCUACUACCUCAGUGACCACGAGGACCGGCUCAAGGGCCAGGUGGAUGUCCGGGGGGCCAGAGCCAUCGUGGACAACGUGGAGAAGGAGAACGCGCUGGACAUAGUGACCGCUGACAGAACGUUCCACAUCGUGGCCGAGUCACCCGAGGAUGCCAGCGACUGGUUCCGUGCACUCAGCGCUGUUCACACGGCCACACAGCAGGAGCUGGAGGAGAUGCAGCUCGAACUGGCCAAUCCCAAGAAUGCCGUGGGCACCAUUGAUGUGGGACUCAUCGACUCCGCCUGUGCCUCUGAUAACCCUGACAGGCCAAACUCGUUCCUGAUCAUCACGGCGAACAGAGCGAUCCACUGUACAGCGGACAGUGCAGAGGCCAUGCAUCACUGGAUCGCACUGUUGCAGAGGCCCCGCUGCUGGCUGUACAAGGGUGUGUGCGUGCGUGGCCGUGCCCCCCCGCUGGGUCUACGUCGCCGCUGGUUCGUGCUGACCACCACCUCGCUGGACUAUUACCGCUCACCGGAGCCGGGCGCCCGCCUCGGCACCCUGGCGCUCACCUCGCUCUGCUCCGCACGGCUGCCCACCGACGACUCCGCCUUCCGGCUCACAGUUCACGGCCGCAAGCGCUCAUACCGCCUGUACACGGAUCGGCAGCAGGACGCCGCGCGCUGGGCCUCCGCCAUUCACAACCUCAUCGACGGCAAGGUCCCCGUGGAAACCCCAACACAGCAGCUGAUUCGUGAGAUCAAGGAGCGGAGCGAGGAACCGGCUUUGGUGGAACAGACGUACCGGAGGAACCCGAUCCUGCGAUACACCCCCCCCACCCCUGCACUCUGCAGGGGAGGGGGUUCACUUGACCUGUCUCUGUCUGCAGUGCCCGAGGGGGGUUCGGGCAGCCUAUGGGGAGAGGCCGUGCGGAUGUUCCGGUGCCUGCAGGAGCUGCAGACUACAUUGGAGCCGCUAACACUGGUGACAUCAGUGAUGCAAACCUGCCAUCGCCUGCCCCCCCUCCGGGACGAGCUCUACUGCCAGCUCAUCAAACAGACCAACCACGCACCUCCGCUCGCACGACCCUCCUCCCUGCACCUCUUCCAGCUGCUCAGCUGCAUGAGCUGCACCUUCCUGCCCAGUCGCAGCGUGCUGCAUUACCUGCACUUUCACCUGCACAGGGUCAGGAGUCGGUGGGGCGAGGGGUCAGGGUUGGGGGGUGAGGUUGAGCGUUACGCCUGCUUCAUCCUGGACUCACUGAGGAAGACGAGGCAGAGGGAGGCUGUGCCGAGCCGGCAGGAGCUGCGGGCGGUGAUGUGCCGGCGGGAGAUGUCCUGCACCGUCCACUGCCACGGCGGAGGGGCCUGUCCCAUCACCAUCGACUCCCACACCACUGCCGGACAGGUGGUGGGGAAGCUGCUGCGGGGCCUGGGGCUGGAGGGAAGCCGCAACACCUUCGCCCUGUUCGAACGCGGCUGCCACGGAGACCGUGCCAUCGCCCCCCGACAGCUGCUGGCCGAUGUCCUGGCCCGGGCAGAGAGGAAUGUCCCACCUGGCCCAGCUCUCCACCGCACCUGUGCCUCCAGCCCAGCUCUGCAGCCCACCUGUGACUUACCUGCCCACCUGUGCACCCCACCUGUGUACCACCUGCCCACCUGUGUGCCGCUGUGUCCUUGGACACCUUCAUCACUGUGUGAUGCCACAGCUGCUUCCCAUGGUCCCAGGUCUGCUUCCUGGAUGCAGAAUGUCCCCAGGCACGGCCUGGAGUUUGUGUUCAUGUUCGAGCAGGCCCAUGAGUGUUUGAUCAGUGGGCACUUCCCUGCACCAGAGGAUACCCUGCGGCUGCUUGCGGCCCUGAGACUGCAGUACCUGCAGGGAGACCACGCCAAGGGGCCUCUGGACCUGCACCAGGUUUACCCUGUGUGCAGGCUGAGGGCCAAGAUCUUCCAGGCCACCAAGUCCAACAGCCAGAGCCUGGAGAAGAGAAGGACCAGCUUCCUGGAUGGAACGUUACGCCUGGGUCUCCGCACCGGCUCGCUCAGGAAGCAGAAGAUGGAGGAGGAGCAGAUGUUGGAGAUGUGGAUGAGGGAGGAGAUGUCGGCUACUCGGGCGAGCGUGGUGGACAAGUGGAUGAGGUUGCAGGGUAUGAAGCAACAGGAGGCCAUGCUGAGAUACAUGGACAUCGUGAUGGAGUGGCCAGGAUACGGCUCCACACUCUUCGAUGUGGAGUGUAAGGAGGGAGGUUUCCCCAGUGACCUGUGGCUGGGGGUCAGCGCUGACACCGUCUCCAUCUACAAGCGGGGGGAUGCGCGGCCCCUGGAGAGGUUCGGCUUCCAGGAGAUCGCAGCGUUUGGGGCCCCUCAGCCCAGCACCUUCCGGCUGACAGCUGCCGCCCGAGAGAUGUUCUUCGAAACCACACAGGUGGCUGAGAUCACCAAGAUAAUGAAGGCCCACAUCAGCAACAUCGUCAAGGCAGACAGCGGUGGCAAGAUAACGCCAGCGGCCGUCACUGUCACCAGCUGCUAGUCCCACACACCCCCCCCCCCCCCCCACUGACCAUCCAACCCGCCCUCUGCCCCCACCCUCAUCCUCAACC